AUGUUUGAGGGGCCUGCUUUUGAAGAAGGUGAGCAGUGGCGAGCGUUGACCAGAAUCAAGGUUCGCACAGAACCGAGUAUCAAGGCGCCACAGUUAGACGACAAGGUCAUCGACAAAGGUGAAAUCUUCUUCGUUGCGGAAAAGCGCAGAGCCAAGAUUCCAACAGGUGACAAGCAUCGCAUGUAUCUUCGGCUAGCUGCCGGCAAAGGAUGGGUGUUCGACCUCGGUGUGGCGGGUGAGUGGUAUGGCAAACCCAUUGCCCAACCUGUCUACGAGGAUGAGCCUGGCGAUGGUUCAGAUCCGUUUAGCGACAUGGGCGACGCUGUUCGUGAAAUGUUCAGAUGA